AUGGGUCACUCAUACAUUCAAGUUCCCGAACGGGAUGGCUUCUCUUGUAUCGGAUCUGAAGUCCAUGGGAUUGUAAGUUUGUUCAAAGUUCCGGCACCUCAACGACUCACCCUCCAAAUCAGCACUACGGGAAUCUACUCCUGUUCAGGAAUCACCACUUGCGCGGGGUACCCAGGAUCGUACGGGUAUGAAUUGAUAGACGCUCAAACGUUCACCGAGUGGGGGAUUGAUUACUUGAAGUACGAUAACUGUAAUCCUCCGCCCGAGAAUGUCCUGCUAGAAAACAGCCUGGGAAAGUUCCAGCGGAUGGCGGAUGCUAUAUCUGCUGGAGAGAGCCAAGUCUGGUUGUGGGGUGCAAGCAUGGCGCAAAGCUGGCGGAUAACAACGGAUAUCACUACGAGCUGGUCCAGUAUCACGAGCAUCAUAAACACUGCGUCGUUCGUUACAUCCUCGAGUGGGUUCUACGGGCAUAACGAUCUUGAUAUGAGCAGAGGAAACGGCGAGUUGACCUAUGACGAGCGGAAAUCGCACUUCACUGCCUGGGCGUUGUUCAAAAGCCCGCUCCUGAUCGGCACCGAUCUGACAAGUAUCAGCAAUGAUGACCUUGGUAUAUUACUGAACCAAGAGCUCAUUGCCAUUAAUCAAGACCCCAACGUAUCCAUGAGCAUCUCGCCGUUUUCCUGGGGCGUCAACCCAGACUGGUCAUUCAAUGCCUCCUAUCCCGCACAGUUUUACUCAGGACCAACGUCAAAUGGGACAGUUGUUAUGCUCCUCAAUACCAUGGCACAGCAGGAGGCCAUGUGCUUCACCUUGACUGACUCCCCUUGGCUCAAGCCAGAUAUCAAGUAUAUCGUUCGAGAUCUCUGGUCGCAUACCAAUAACUGCACCGCUGUGGGCUCCUUGUCCGUGUCCGUUCCGUCGCAUGGUGUAUCCGCACUCUUUUUCAAGGAAGCCGGAAACUCGUCCAUAAACACUGGAUAUCCAGCUUGCGCAAUAGCACAGAACUGUGGAGUGAUAGCGAGCGGGGAUGUCGACUGGCGCCAUUCAACAUCCCCAAGACCUUGGAUGGUGGGAGUAUUGGUUGCAUUAUUGCUUGGUGCUCUCGAUUUUCUGUAG